ACGUGAGUGUCGCUAUCUUUAAAAUAAAUAAGGCAUGCUAAAAACCCUCGGUAGCGAUUAAAGAACUGACAGCCUACUUUAAAUGUUACAACAAUGAAUCAUGAUUUGUUUCGUUUUACUGCGUCUUUCGAUCCUUGUUUUCAGUAUGAAGUAUUGUGAUCUGAUUGAACGAUCUACUUGAGUUAUGGUAUAAACUCUAUUUAUUACGUGAUUUCAUGAUUUCCUGGAAAGCCAUACGUAGUUGUUAUUUACCAAAAUAUGUAAUUUUUAUCAGUCGUUUUUAAUUACGUUAACUCUUUUCACGCAUGCAGCAUGCAUCCUAGACAAGAUAAAAAAAUAAUUCAACUAGCAAAUUUUGUUAUUUCAAAGCAAUAUCCCGACUUUCACCAGGAAUCAGCUCAAUUACACUUUUCUUCUGAUUCACGAUUAAACUUCUGUAUAAUGGGUACUUCAAAUCCAGCAUAAUUUCGUGCAAUAGAGAUAUUUGUCGCACACCGACUGUCUAACGAAGUAACUUAAAAUUCUGUAUUGUGGGAUUUCCAACGUUUCAUGUCCUCAAAAUAAUUAAGUAUUAUGUGGACAAAUGUUGGAUUAUAGGGGUUUUUGGGUAUCCUGCCACAAACAGCAAAGUCAACAUACAUCAUGUCGCCUUGUAUAGAUAAUAUCAUAUCAUCAAGGCUCUAGUUUCCAUUUCACAUAAGUUAGAAUUUUACCCCUUUCUCUACCAAGGUUUGACAUAUUCCAACAGUUCCACCUGACAGUGUAUCCUCAAAAUGGUAUUGAGUUGUUUCCAAGCACAUGAAAUUGAUCAGUCUACCCUACUAGGGAGACUUAUCAGUAGAUUUAGUGGUGAGCAGAUAAUUACCAGCUUUUCGAUUUUGAUGGUGUGACCACUUUUACAGCUAAAUAUUCGCUAUUUUUCAUCACAUGAUUGUAGCACUAUCCUUGCCAUUUACUAGCCUUGCUCAAUGUGCAGUGCCUUUUUACACAGACAGUCCAAAGCUCUGUGUUUUGAAGGUUUAUAACCCUAUACAUUAAGUCCUCGAAAUAACCUUUGGUAUUCUUAUCGUUUAGCUUUAUCGCACGCACCAGUUCUUUAAAGAUAACAUACGUCGAACGCUGGAGACUUCUAUUUUAGGUUUGUAGUAGCUGUAUUUAAUGAAACGAAACUAUUCUGUUUCUAAGUCUCGUGAUAAGCUAAUGCGCACCUCGUUUUUUUCAAAAAGAUUAUGGUCAUGCUUGUAUAUUCACGAUAAAAUAUUUUCCGUCAUCUUUCUACCAGAACAAAUGACAGUGCAUCGUUUGGAGUAGCAGCUGACAUCUAACACACUCAUUUUUACUGCUUAUUAAAAAACCAAGUGGUUCUAGAUUGAUUUCUUAGAGAUUCGAAGCAACGAAAUAUUUAUCGAGUAUUUCUAAAAUGUAUCGAUCCUUUUCGUCCUAAAAAUAAAAAACUUAAUAACAAGCUUUGUUUUUGUAUUUUAUUAUGUUGGAGAAAACAAGUGAUAUUCCGAAUACAUAAUACCCUGGCUCGUUACUGUGCUUUCCCAGGAAUGCUGCAGUACAUUUGACCCGUAGUUUUACUUUUAUCAAAGUAAUAUUACUUUCCCUACGGUUUUUCCGUGGUUUUCUCCUGGUUAUUUGGUCUCAAUGCAACUCAACAAUCUCCACAACCCUAUACUCAUAAUCAUCAUGUGCUCACUAGUGACUAGCUUCGAGAGGUAAUUCCUGGAGCUCUAGUGAGAAGUCGUGACUAGUGGAGUUCAGCAGUGUCGGGUGUGAGACAGUUGCCCACCGAAGAUAAUGGAAGUGGGUCGUAAAGCAUCGUGGGUUUUUUUAAGUUUAAACACGGUACGGCCAUCCAGUGCUUCUAGAAUUUCAACGGUGGUCUAACACCAAUUGGUUCAUGAUUUCAGUGCAACUCAACAAUAUCCACAACCGUAUACUCAUAAUUAAUUUAUUAUGAUCACACGGUUUUAUGUCGAAUAAUAUUUCUAAGUUUCGAGAAAUUAUUUGUGGGAGUGUAGUUUUUCGUUCCUCAUUCCUUUUUAGAUACUAUAAUCAAGAGAAAAAAUCUCAGCGAACUAAUACAAAAACGUCAACUUUGUAUGUUUCUACAUGGGCUUUAUUAUUUGCCGCCCUGUUUUUAAAGGUACAUGAAAUAUUUGGGAAACAAAGUACUUGUUCAUCAUCGAUACAGUCAAAAAAGGCCACGGAAUUACAAACCAUACUUCGCGUAAAACCUUCCAAAAAGACUGCAAAUGAUUUUCAAGUUGUGGAAAGUUCGCUGGUCAGUGUGCUACUCACCAUCAUAUUACAAAGUAUGCUACAGUUCAAAAUCUCAUUCUCCUGCAUUCACAUCCAAGAAGAGCAAACUUGAGGUAUGGGAGGGGAUAACUAUCAAGGAAUUGUCGUCAGCUGCUAAAAUAUCUCCUCACAUAAUUCUUAGAACCUUAAACUCAGCCCUUGUUACAAAACACAAAGCAAACACCAAUUCAAUUGGAAGAUAAAGCGAUAAUCGAAACUCUGGUGAAAUUAAUGGGAUUCACACCAGCGUUCAGACACCAGAUUAUUCACGAAACAAUUGACUGUGAUGCUUAUCCAAGACCACCUUGUCCUCCGGAGAAAUGUGAACCACGCCCCCCCAUUGUCGCUGUCCUGGGUCAUGUGGAUCACGGAAAAACAACUUUGUUAGAUGCUUUACGCUCCAGUAGAGUUGUUGACGAAGAAUUUGGAGGUAUAACUCAACAUCUUGGCGCAUUUACAGUACCUUUGUCAUCUGUUGAACGCAAUGCUGGAUUUACAGAUCCCAAUCCCGUGUCAUUUUCCAGAAGCAUCACUUUUCUAGAUACACCAGGCCAUGCAGCAUUUUCUGGCAUUCGCUUUCGAAGUGCAAAAGCAACUGAUAUUAUGCUUUUGGUAGUCGCUGCUGAUGAUGGGGUUAAACCUCAAACUGUUGAGGCAAUUCGUUACGCAAAAGAAACAAACACUCCUAUAGUUGUCGCAAUCAAUAAAAUUGAUAAACACGAUAUCAAUAUGGAUAAAGUAGUCCAAGGUCUAGCUACUUAUGAAGUUUUAACUGAACAGUUAGGUGGAGAUAUACAAGCAGUUCCAAUAUCAGCAUUAAAACGAAUAAAUCUUUCUGAAUUAUUAGAUGCUAUUAUUCUGCAAGCUGAAAUAAUGCAGUUGAAAGCAGAUCAUACCGGAUUGACUGAAGGUAUUGUUUUAGAAUCGGAAACACUUCAUGGGAUUGGCAAAACGGCUACCUGUCUUAUUACUCGAGGUGUUUUGCGUAAAUCACCCAAUAGUGGUCCAAUUAUAGCUGGUGAAGCAAUCUGUACCCCACGAAUCUUGCUAAACGAUGCAGGAAAACUCGUGGAUUCAGUUAAACCCGGAUUUGUAGCGCGGGUAGCGGGUUGGAAAGAUCUCCCCUCUGCGGGAGAUCUUAUCCUAGAGGUAGAAUCUACGAAGCGAGCAAAUGAAGUUCAACGAUAUCGGCGGUGUUUAAAGGUACAGGACAAAGUUAAAGAAGACCGUGAUGCAUAUGAUCUUCGAGCGUCUCAUCAUCGAGAACAUCGCGAGAAAUACGCAGAAAAACGUUCGAGCCUUCAUCUACGUCAGUGGCGAAAACUUAAAUUAGAACGUGAUUCAGCUGAAUCUAGCUUAUGGAAGGAAAAUUCUAAUAGAAUUUCCUUACCACUUGUAAUCAAAUGUGAUGUACAGGGUAGUUUAGAGGCGAUAAAAACACUCCUUUCUACCUAUUCAUCAGAUCAAUGUAAAAUAGAAUACUGCAUUACCGGUGUUGGUCCGUUGACUGAAUUUGAAGUAGACGCGGCCGCUGCAGUUAAAGCAAAUGUACUACUAUUCAACAUUCAUGCUCUUCCAGAAGCAACAAUUACAGCUGAACAUAAUUGUGUUAAAAUUAAAGAAUUCAAUAUUAUUUAUCGAUUGGCUGAAGAAGUUAGGGAACUAUUGAAUGAAAAGCUCCCACCAGUAUCAGUGGAGAAGAUAAUUGGUGAAGCAGAAAUUCUCCAGCUGUUUACGAUUAAAGCAUCUAAAAGCGUCGUGAAGACUGGACUUUUACCAGUUGCUGGAUGUAGAUGUAUUAAAGGAAAUAUUAUCGCUAAUAUUACUAAAAUAGGCUCCAUUCUCACAGAUCUAGGUGUUGAUGGUGAACCAACUGAAUUAUGUUACCGCAUUGUCCGUCCAGCUCACCAUUCAACAUCACCAAACAAUAAACAUGGAGAAAAUCCAACCACCGCUCAAAAAAACUUUUCUGAUUCUAAAAAUACCAUAGUGGAUCGAGCUAUCUGUUACUCAUUGCGUCAUGAAAAAUCUGUUGUUGAAAGUAUUCGAAAAGGAGUAGAUUGUGGUAUUGUAUUAGUUUCUCCUGAAGUUCAGGAUAUUCAUAGCGAGAAUCAAAAUUUAUCCGCAAAGAAUUUCAUUUCACAAUGGAAAGUAGGAGAUAUAAUUCAGUGUUAUGUAACAAUAAAUGAAAAAAGUUCAGUUGAUUGGGACUUCGAGACCUAUAAUUCAGAAACAACAACACUCGAAAGCCCAUAACUUGGUCAUUUUUAUUUUUAGAACAAAAAGAUACAAUCUGUAUAGUAGAAUAAACUUACUAGUAUAAGUUUUUUACAACUGCA